UGGUUUUUAUUUUGAAAUACUUAUAAAUGAGUCUACUCUUAAUGAUUUUUCUUUUGAAGAAAAGAAAAGGUAGGUAAGCACGCAAAUAUAUUCAAAGGCGGUUGGCCAACAUUUCAAGAUGCCGGGUAAGUACUACACAAUAUGUAAUUUUAAUUCUGGAUUCCAAAGACGAGUAGCCUGGACGGCGAAAGAGUUAGUAAUAAAACCAGUACGGUGUAAAGGUACGGUAAGUUUGAGAAUGCGGGAGGUACGCAGCUCACAUCCUAGACGGGGAGUAUCGAAGACGAAUUUACUUUUGAGAUAGCCAGGAGCAGAAGGCUCAAACAGGAUAGAAAAUAGAACACAAAGGAUCCGGUAUGUAUGGAAGUUUGCAUCAUGUACUAGAGCCUGUUCGGAAAAAGAAGGGUCGUGAAAUGCAUUGACCCGCAUACAUUCCACGACUCUUCUCUUUCCGCACAUAGACUCUACCCGUAGAAUCUCAGUGGCGCGCCCUCAAUAAAUUUCUAAUAAUUUCAUGUCAGACUGUACAGUUCUCUAAACGAGUAUUUUUGAAAUUAUUGUUGGCAACUUCAGUAUAAACAGAGAUGCGCAUGAGUUAUGUCACCACACUUGAAUUUAUUAACAUUCCCUCACUCUCUGGGCCACGGUCUUGGGCGACUAUUUUUACCUCGCACCCAGCGAGACAAUUGUAAACUCUUUCGCCAAUUGGAAAGACGUUGGAGUUAGUGACAGACAUAAAUUAAUGUGCCUACAUAAAUAUCACCCGACGAUACGCUACGCCGGGCCGUCUCAGAAGCGCAUGACUAACGGAAACUAAUUAAGUAUUGAACAUAUGUGAACUAAACAUUGUCGAAGAUACGAGUAUAUGAACUCGAUGUCAAAACUAAAAACAACGUAGGUAAUAAAAAAAAUACUAACUUUUCCAUUAUUCGACAUGAAACUUGUUGCGAAAAUAAAUUACACGAUUUAUAUUACCAUUUCCAUAAUCGGACUCGAGCUAUUUGUAAGUUAUAAUGUUAUUUUUAUAUUUACAAAUAUGGCAUUUCGUUUCCUAGUAAUUCGUAUGGCUUUACAUUAUUUAUUUUUACUCCCAGGACAAGGAUCAGACGCUAACUUUGCUGUCGAUGCCACAGAUGGAGAACUCUAUGUCAAAAGAUUGCAUAACAAAGAAAACAUUGCUGAAAGCCCGGCAUACCUUUUAUUUACUGCGCCGUAUAAAGUCUGUGAGGGAGGAUGUAACUACGGUAAUGACACCAAUUUUGCAAUGGCGUUCCCUUUAUUUGUUGGAAAUUACGGAAGAAGUGCUUAUAAAGAAAUGUAUCCAAAUGAACAAAGAGAUCUUAAUGAUCUUUUAAGUAAGACUAGAUCCACCAAGCCUCCUUUUGUGACCUGCCCUCCCGAGAAACCCACGCCAAACCGUCAUACGAAAAGUACUGGGUAUCCGGGAUACAGCAUAUCAAUCCCACAGACUCGAAGUACCGGCUACCCGGGCUACACUGAUACAGAAUAUAUAGAUACAGAGUAUGGGGAAACUGAAUACAUAAACGAUGACGAAAAUAAUAAAAAUACGCCCACUGGCGUUCAAGUUACAAAAAGUACUGUAUUUCCUACAUAUAAAUCGUUAAUGACCAGAUUCCUACGUAAGCUCGCUGUUAGAAAAUCUCGAGACAAAUAUUUUCCGGAACAUGAAUCAUUUAGAAAAACUCAAAGUCAAUAUCUUUCGGGCAAGAGCACGCAUCGCGUCAAUACUAUUCCCGGAAGAUACGGUCGAAAGAUGCAACGGCCCAGGAGUUCGCAUAUCUGGAGAAAUAUUCCUUUGAAACUUUUAGAUCCGGUACAAAUAUGGUGGACACAACUUUUACCAAGGCAACAAACUUAUACCAAGACUCAAAACUCAGAACAUGCAGAAUUAAAAAAUAAAAAACACAAUGAGUUUUUACCGUUUGGCAUUAUGCCCGUCUUACCUAUUACGUCAGAAAAAUACCAUGGACAUUAAUUACUAGCUAAAUUAAUAGUUUAGAUUAAUUAAUUUGUAAUGGAUGUAAAUAAGUAAUAAAAAUUGAUAAAAAAUGCCUGUAUUAUUAGUUUUUAGUAGGUACCUACUAAUAAAUAGGAACAGUAAUAGAAUUGUUGAUAUGAUUAACAACACUACACUGGAAUUGCAGACCUAAGUCGCACGUACCACGUCUCCCAUAAACAACUUCAGAUUACUCUCCUACUUCAUUGCUCUUGAGUACAUGAAACAUUUUUUUUCUUUUCGGACAGAUCACCAUCUCGGCGAUUUUAUUUAUUCUAUUUAAUAUCGAUUUAAUAUUCGCUGAACAACUGCCGUGGGACAGGUGGAUGUUAGAUAACGUUGCCUCUGAACCAGGAAUAUCGAGACGUCACAGGAUUGGGACAACCGACAAUGUACCCUAUAAAGCUCCUCAUUUUAAUUGUGAAUGUCCUCCAAACAAAGAAUGCAAGUUAGAUUUUGAAAUCGAUGAUGAAGCACUAGAUUUCUUAAAACUCCAUGGCCUUGUGAAAAAGCACGAAGAAGCACAAUUGAAAAAACAUAUGCCAGUUGGAAAACAGAAAACUAUUCGUAAAUACAUUUAUAGCAGAAGAGCUAAUGGUGGUGUACCGCAGGAGCAAUGCUGCUGCCCGCCAAUAAUUCGUGCAAUGUGAUAAUGAUUGCUUAUCUUUCCUUCAAGAACAUUUACAAUCGCAAUAUCGUUAGUUACACUUGCCUAGAUUUGCCCUUAUUGACAUUUGUUUAUAGCAUCUAUAGGUAAAUGGACAAGUUUAAAUCCAUUGGCCCAUCAAAACUUAACGACAUUUUUUUAUACGAUCUGUUGCAAAACUCUGUUGCAGUUUCCAGUUCUAUUUUACAUUGACAAAUACAUUAAUCCAGGUGUUUUUUUAUGUGUUAAGAAUGCAAUUAUAUCAGACAAUUUUCUAUACAAGUCAUAUUUACUUGUCAUUAUAUGUUAAGGCCAAUCUUACAUCUUCCGUUAAGACAAUCACUGACGGAGAACUAUACAUUAAGAAAAUAAUAGAUGGGGAAAGUGAGUAUACUGUUUGAUGUACAUAGUAUAGGUAUUAUUCACCUCUGUAUUUUUGUGUUUCUUCUUGUAUUACUUACUUGAUUUGUUUAUUUAUAUGGCUUAUUUCAAUCAGCUUAUUAAAAUACCAACUCUCUAUCCUAACUUCAGUUCUUUUUUGUGAACUUGACCCGUGAUAAAACAAAAUCACUACGAGUAGCGAUUAAAAUAAAGAAGAUGAUGAUAUGAAUCGCGAAAACAGAAAACAAUAUCAGACUAUUCCAUUGUUUUAGAUAUGCGCGACCAACCUGGGCAUCUUAUGUUCACAGCUCCCAACAAACUAAUUAGAUGUGAUAGUAGUAUAGGUAAUUGUCAAAAAAGAAAAAAUACAAAUUUCGUGAUGGCGUUUCCUGUAUUUAUUGGAAGUAACGCAAAAAAAAAAUAUAUUUAUCAAAAUCUAUAUCGAAAACCGCAAAACGGACUAUUUGCAAAGAAAACGUUUAUCACAACUCAUACUACCACCGGCGAAAGAUGCAAGAUCUAUGCACUAAAACAACGUCUAGAAAUUUAAAAAAAACGCUUACGUCACCUGACUAAGGCAGCAGUAAAAAACGGCCGGAAAAACAAUGAUCCAUCCUCAGGCAAAAGAAAGGCGAACAGUACUUCAAAAACUAUUUCCCAAUUAAUUAAACCGGUUUCUAUGUACACUAAAAUAGUGUAAGCUUAUUGGAAGAAUAUAAAAUAACAUGUGUACGAAUGCCUUAUAUUUUUGAUUAGGUAGAUUAAGUAUAAGUAUGUACGAGUACAUUCUGCAAGUAGGAGGUUAUGAAUUUUUUUUUUUUUUACUUUGGAAGUUUACGUAUAUAAUGUUGUUAUUCUACUUUGAAUCUACUGUCUACCGUUUCAAUAAAGUGUUUCUGUGCAUAUAGCCGACUCUGUUAUUGUUGUACUUGUUUGCUUGUGUAAACAAUAAAAAAGAAAGUACGUCCGAAAAUACCAGAGAUAUAUACUACUUGCAAACUUUAUCUUGUAAUUAUUGAAUAUUAAUAAUAUAAAUAAUGCCUGUUUCAUUUGUUUUGAGUACCUACCUACUAAUUGAUAGGAAUAGUAUUAUGAAUGUGUAUCUCAUAUACUUAAGCCUAACGUAUUGGAACGUGGUGUAGUUAUUUUAUUGUCAAUUUAAUUAUUAUUAUAUUUUUUUCAAUGAUCCCUACAUCAUUUAAUAUAUUUUUGACAUACCUAUUGUAUAUAAUAAUGUAAAUUAUGCAUCUAUGAUAAUAAAUACAAAUAAAGAAUAUGAAUAUGCGUCUCUUUCAUUCGAUAAAGAUUUUUAUACUGCUCUCUAGGAUAACAUUUAGUGCAACUUCAACAAUAAAUACACGUCAAAUACCAUAUAAUAAUUCAUUUAUGACUGCGCUAGAUCAGGUAAUGUAAUGUAGGCGUAAGAUAGUUUUAUAGUAAAAAUAAUAUUUUCCACAGGACCUAAACGGCACGUCGAAUUCGAUGAUAAUGCUUUGUUAUUGACGAAAAUAAGAAAUUCGUUAGCGCAAGAAGAAGUAUUACGAAAAAUGUAUUAUAGUAUUAUUAAAAUUAAUACUAAAUACGCACCCCACAUAUAUUCAAAGAGAAUCAAGAGAUCUGACGACGGAAGCAGCUGCCCAAUAAAAAAUCUUGUGCAACCUGCUUUUAUAUCCAAUAAACAAUUUAAAGAAAUGACUGAAUAUUUUAAGCGAAUAGCAAACAAUCGUAAUAAUGCAAAUCCAUGACGGAAGCAAUAAACAGUAGGUAAUUUUAUAAAUCAGAGACCGGAGCCGGUUACCAAUAAAGAAGGGUAUUGGAUACGGUAUUUGAUGAAAUCGUUUUUACAAACCCUAUUAUUUCGGUAACCAUAUCGUUAGCUUACCCGAACGAAAGGAUAACCUAAUCAAUAUAGUUAAUUUUGGAUAAACGCUUACCAUAUCAAAAACCCUUAAUAGGGAAACCCUAUCAAUAUCGUAAAACGCGAUUAAGUUAAUUUAAACUCUUUGUCCGAGACAUUGCGCUAAAAAGAGACGGGAAUAAGGUAACACUAUUAAACGGUAAGUGGUAAAUAACUAAAGUAUCUACUCUAUUCGACACGAAAACCCUAAGGGUUUUAUGUCAAUAGGGUAAACAAAACCAUAUAACCUGGAUAACCAUUUGAUAGGGUUAUCCUAUCGAAUAUAUGUAUCAAAUGGAGGGGUUUUUCGGUCCCUAGUUUAUUAAGCAUCUAAUAUAAAAUUAAACAACUUUCGUAUUAUUUUUAUACCUUGCAUUACCUUGAAUGAUACUUACCUACUCGUUUUGGUUUGUAGGCUGUCUUACUCAGAAGCCUAUGCAUAACUUACAUUUGGGAUAAUAUACAUUCACAUACCAUAAUAUACACAGUAAGUAUAUCCUGAUGACAAUAUUUUUGGCCUCAGUCAUGUUGCGGAUUUUUAGUGCUACUAUUUUUUCAUUUUACUGGAAAGGAGACUCUUUGACAACAGAUGUUGAACGUCAUGAAAGUCAUCAAUCGUAUGUUACCGAUGUAAAUAAAUAUUUGGAGAUAAUCUUACACAAAUCGACCUAGACCAAAACUAAGCAAAGCUUGUACUAUGCAUACAUACUUAAAUACAUAGAAAACACUCGUGACCCAGAAACAAACAUCUGUGUUUAUCACAUAAACAAAUGCCCUUACCGGGAUUCGAACCCGGGACCAUCGACUUCAUCGGCUUCGACCGAGUCACUACCCACUAGACCAAACAGGUCGUCAAAAGGAAGAAAAGAUUUCGCAAUAAUUAACGAUUUUAUGCUAAAAAAGAUUAUAUGCAAGAAAAGCUAUUUUAAAUACAAUGAAACAUUUACAUUAACUAAAGGACGAAGAUUUACGUAGCAUCCCAAUAAACAAUGUUUUGAAAUUAGUCGUUUAAUUGCCGGUACUGAAAUGUUAUUUGACCAUACAUGAUACGUCAUACAGCGCACAUUAUUGCUAAAUGUUAGCUGCUUACUCAAUUUAAAUACGGAAAAUAAAUAAAAAAAUAAGUGAUUCAUACAAACUAGUAUUUUGUAUGAAUCACUUAUUUAGUAACCAGGACUCGCAACAGGAAUGUCCGGGGAAAUAAUCAGGAAACCAGGCUGUCGCUUAUAUAUUUACUGAAUUGUUUAAUUAUUUAGAGUCAGACCUUGCUAACUAAGCUAACUUGGCAACGAUUUUGAUAACACAUGUACAGUAUGUGUUAUUUUAAUUCAUAAUUACUAUUUUUAUUAUUUACAAAAGCCAUCACAAUCUGUCGAGAUCCAGCACUCAAUAUAUAUCUUAUUGUUCUAGUACCUAUAUCUAAAACUACGAAUUAAUUUCGAAUUAAAUCGGCGCGCGUACGACAUGUCCUUUUUUGUCAUCAUGACGUCUCGCCGGCAGACUAGAUGGCGUUGAUCGCCGCCCUUUCGCCGCCGCAAAGUAGCGUUCAGUUUUAUGCCGUGUCGUACAAUUAUUUAUUUAUUCUAUGUUUAAUUUUUUUUUUCUUUUGUUAUGAUAUACUUUUGUAUGUUAUAGUUUAUUGCGAAUAAAUGCGAUGAUUUCUAAUUUCUGAAUUUAGCUAUAUCUAUAUAACCUUUACACAACAAAUAUUUGUGUAGGGAGUAUAAUUGCUUGUCCAUACGCCAUUCAUGUAAUUUUCUAAGGAAGAGUGGUUGUGGACAUUCUUUUAUUUCUCUUACUCGUAUUUUAUUGCCAUGCAGUAACAAUUCCUGCUGCAUAAUUUAGAUUUUGCUUUAGGCAGCACAAGUUUGGUUGGGUGCCUAGUAUUAAAACUACAUAUACUCUUUAAUUGUGUGAAUAGUUCUGGAUAUGUUUUUACAAAUUUACUACUUCUACUCGUAGUACAAACAUUGAUGGCAAAGUAAGGAGGUUGAGUUCUUUGAACAAGAGUUUACAUAUAGUAAGUCAUGGUGCAUUGCUUAUUGCUCUUAUGCACUUUUUUGGCUGAUAAACAGCCUAUCAACCUCACAAGAGUUACCCCACAAUAAAAAGCCAUAUCUAAGAACUGACACUACGUAUCCAUGGUAGGCGAGGAGAGCUGUUGGUAUAUCUAUUAAAGUUGAAACCAUUCGUAGUGGAUAAACAAAUCUAUUAAAUUUUUUAAAUUUCUUUUCAAUUUCAGGCUUCCGUGAAUUAUUUUUAUCGAGUAACAUUUCUAAAAAUGUAUGCUGAUCAAUUUCAGAUUUUAAAUGAUUGUUAUACUUAACACAUAUUUUGUCAUGCUCUUUCUUGUUACAAAAAUGGAAUAUAUUUUUGUUUAUAAGUUAACAUUUCGGACCCGGGUACGUCCUUAAACUACGUCCACAAGAGAGGUAUGGGCAUUGUGAAUGUCAUCUCGCUUUGUGUGGUAGCGCACAGCACAGCGGAUGUUAUCAGAGCAGAGCCCAACUAGGGAAGUAACUCCACCUUACAGAAAACCACAGCCAAAUAACACUAGACCCUACUCAUAGUGUUGUGUUCCUGCCGGUGAAUAAGGUUGCCAGAGCUCAACGAGAGGAGGGAGGGUUAUUAGGGUCGGCAACGCGCAUGUAACUCCUCUGGAGUUGCAAGCGUACAAAGGCUACGGAGACUGCUUACCACUAGGCGAGCCGUAUGCUUGUUUGCCACCGACGUAGUAUUAAAAAAAGACAUUUAAAUGAUUAGAUACUAACCAAUUCAUUACAAGAUAUAUUAAAUUAUUAAUGUCAUAUACAAGGAAUAAUUAGGAAUUAAUUACAUUUAUACAAGGAAUAA